UUCACCUUCCUCAACCCACCAAUCCCAUUUCGAUCAAACUCCACAACCCACCUGUUUCUCUCUCUAAAUUGAAACCAAACCCAGCAAAGACCUAGCUUGGCGGUGUAGAGAUUGACAUCGAGCAAAAGCAAGAGGCUAGGAGCUGAUCGAUCACUUCUUCACCUUCUCUGAAGCCAUCUCCCUCUGUUGGGAUCCGCCCUUGCCUUUAUCAUCGUCGACGCCAUCUCCCAAACACAAGCAGAUCCCAAUCAGCUUGGAAAUUCGCCGCUAAACCACUUCCCUCUUGUUUUCACAGCCUACUUCUCUCUCUCCCACUCAAAUCUCACUCUGUCUCUACAUCAAGCCUCAAUUUGGAAAAUUUUCAUUGAAAACUAUCAUUUUUUCAGACCAAAAGGUUUUUGGGUCUUGCUUGAAAUGGUGAUUUGGAUCUUGGGUUUAGUUGAAAUGAUGGCCAAGUUGACCAAAACCAUAAAUGAAGAAGAAGAAUAGUGAUGGAAAAGAAAAAUAGCCGCCGGCGUGGACAACAAUAAUUGGGGUUUACAAUGAGUGGAGUUGCUUCGGCGCUGGCGUCCCUAUUCUCUUGAACAGCGGCGAUAGUGUUUUGCAAUACUAUUCUCCAUCCUUAUCAGCUCUCCAAAUAUAUACUAGGAACCCAAUGAUCAAUCCAGGUAAUUAUUGUUCGUCUCUGUCUCUGUCUCUGGUUAAUUGAUUAUGUACACCGAUUUGUUCUGGUUUUCAAGGUUGGGGAUCGGCUGCACAGCUAAACCAGAGAGUGACUGUUGGAGUGACGAUAGUGACAGCGAUAAGAAAUCUGUUUCUUUUAGCAAUACUAUUGCCAGCACAUAUGCUACUUCAGAUGAUUCUGUUUCUACCAGUGGCCAUGAGAUUGAGGCCGAUUGCCUUCACCACCUGUAUUGCCAGUACAACGAAACAUCUAGUCCUCAUGAUAGAGUUCCUUUGACCCUCAAGAUCAAUGAAUUAGCUCAAAUUUAUCCUGGUUUGAUGGAGUUUCAAAGCUUGGAGCUCUCUCCUUGUAGCUGGAUGGCUGUUGCUUGGUAUCCUAUCUAUCAAAUUCCAGUUACAAGGAAUGUGAAGGAAUUAUCUGCAUAUUUCAUCACUUAUCACACAUUAUCAUCUUUUCAAGGCCUCCAUAGUACCAUAUCAGAGAAUAAUGAUAAGUUUCAAUGCAUUGAUACAUUGGGAAAGGAUCAUGGAAGCAAGACGCUAGAAAGAGAUGAAAGCAAAGGUGAAAUGGCUCUUCCUCCUUUUGCAGCGGCCACUUAUAAGAUGCAUGGCGAACUUUGGACAACUCCUGAGACUUCGGAUAAGGAAAAGAUUGGCUUUUAUCUGAACGCUGCAAAUUCCUGGUUGAAGCAUCGCAAAUUCCGGCAUCAUGACUUUAUUUCUUCAUAUCUCGUAGGUAACUGAUUGGGAUGUUAAAUUCUGGGAUAAGAUCCGGUAAUGUAAUUUUCGGAGUACAACAGAAAUUUGAUUGCUUUUGGGAUGCCAUGGAAGCCAGGUUCGUAGUAGUAACCGAGUGGUGAGGUGGAUUGGUGUUGUGUGUCAAGCCAUUAUCCGUGUUUGCAUAUACAAAUCCAAAGAUGCAGGCCGUCAAACCCUAUAUUCAUCCGACUGCGCGAUAGUCUACUACCACGUAAUCACGUAUGUAGUGGUUACUCAGUUUGUCUCUUUGCUUGCAAAACAAUGAGCAUUUUGGGUGUAGAACUUUGGCUUCCUUGAAUGUGAUCGGUGACAAGUCCAUGUAAUAACUAAUAACAAAGCCGCUCCACUAAAAAUUUUAUUCUAAAAA